GAGAUUAGUAAGUAAGAGAAAAAACUUCUUUGGCACAACUGAUUUCUCUAUCCACUUUGACUGGACGUCUUGCAGUUAUUUCAGAACAGAAUUUUAAAGUUUGGCAACCUGGCACAUGACGUAUACAUUUAUUUUUUGUGUUGCUACCUGACGUAGUGUCAAACAAUGGUUGCUAGGAUAUUGGAAAAUCGGCUAGUAGACUAUUGAUUUUUGAUUCUAAAAAAUCCUAGCUAUUUGUUUAAGAAUUAAAAUAUCUUAGAAUAGUUGAUAGUUGCUGCUCUCAAAUAGCGUCGGCCCUUUUCUAUGCACGGAAAAUUGCAUUUUAACAUUACAGUUCCACAAUGCCACCACCUGAUACCAUGUACUGUGCUCAACAAAUCAACAUUCCUCCAGAAUUGCCUGACAUUUUAAAGCAGUUUACCAAAGCAGCCAUAAGAACACAGCCAGAUGAUGUGCUAAAAUGGUCAGCUGCUUAUUUUUCUGCAUUAUCGAAAAAUGAACCUCUUCCAGUCAAAGGGAGGUUAGAAACAUCACCAUCAACAGCAACAAAACAAACUGGACUUACUCCCGCCCUUCUCAAAGUCCUUCACCAACAGCUUUUCACCCAAAAGUCCCUGAAUAGGGCAGAGUUGCAGAUGAAAUGGAAAGGGCUUUCUCUGCCCUCAGACGAACUGGAUUCACUCUUGUCUCUGGGUAAUUUCAGUGACGUGAUUGAUUGGAUGCAGUUCUUUGCUCUUGGCUGCAGUCUACUGGGUGGGUCCAUCAAAAGUGCUCUGAAAUGUGCGUGUGAGAUCCUCACGGACGAGCCAGAAGACAGUUCUGCUCACAUCCCCUUCGACAUAUUUGUCAGUUUGUACACAUACCUGGCCCGUCUGGAUGGAGAUAUCCCACAGGACCAGAUUGACAGCUUCAUACAGAAUCUACAGGAGGACGCGGCCCGCAGUGGAGGCAGGGUUCAGCCCUCGGACUUUACAGGCCUCCCUGGCGAAAACGCUGAGUAGGGCCCAGGCCAGAUUGGUUUCAGAUGGUUGUCGGGUGUAAUGUUUGGCAGCCUGAAGUCACUGCAGAAUCAUUGUAACUAAAGGUGGAGGAUGCAUCAUAUUUCAGGCUGUGGUCAUGUGUGCAUCAUGAUAAAUGUUUUCCUUUUCCCUUUUGUAAAUUAAAAUGUGGUCAGCUGAUUACUGAUCUGUGAACUA